UACAUUUUCACAUUGCAAGGAUCUACGAAGUACAAAUAUGAGUGGCAGCUGUACAAUUACACAGAUAGUGAAAAUAUUUUCUGUGCUGAUAGCUGUUCUUAUUUUCGGUUAUAAUAUAUCAUUCACGUUGCCUUUACUACGCUGGCAAUACUAUGUUAGAAGUGUCAAAAUACGUUCUAUCAGUUUACCCGUGAAAAUUAGUCCAAUCACAUCAGAGAUAUUCGAGAAGCAACAAGAGACACAUUAUUACAGUGAAGCUUUCCACGAGUUCCGAUUACCAGAAAACUAUUUAAAGAAUGUUGAAAAAUCUACAGCGACAAAAUCUUUUAUUAUAAGACCGAAAAAACUUAUGCGCGCUUAUGAUUCGUUCUUCAUGAUAAUCAUUGUCAAGUCAACUGCUUCAUCAAUCGAACGACGUAUGCUAAUUCGACGAACUUAUGGUUCCCUUCAAAUGCUUAACAAACACAGAUUUUUUACUUUGUUCGUCGUUGGUCGAUCUUUCAACAAAGAAACACAAGUUAAAAUACAAAGGGAAUCCGAAGAAAACGAAGAUAUUCUACAAGUCGAUGCGGAUGAUACAUACAAAGGAUUACCAGCCAAGGUGUUGGCUUGCUACCAGUGGAUAUAUUAUGAGCUUGGUGAUGUCAGCGCAUUCUAUGCUACGACAGACGAUGACUGUAUGGUGAAUGUUGUCUCACUUUUUGUUUACUUCUCAACCAACACUGUAAAAUUAAAAUCUUCUGGAAGCAUGUUUUGUGGAUUCGACCACAGCGAGCAUUUAACACCAAACAGAAAUAAAACUUCGAAAUAUUAUGUUCCCCACCAUGUGUAUCCGUCGAAGACAUAUCCACAAUUCUGCCAUGGUGGAAUGACAGUAAUGCCGUUUACACUUUUAUCAGAUAUUUAUCAAAUGUCUGAAAUUACCAAUCGAACUGGAAUGGUUCUUGAAGAUGUUUUUAUCAACGGAAUCCUCCGAUAUAAGUUGGGAAGGGGAAAUUCAAACAUUAUACCUAUGUCAAAAUCUUAUUUUGGCCCAAUGAUAUGGCACCUUGGCCAAUCGAACGCUGACGAAUUACGAUUUAAAUUCACUUGGACUGCGGUGACCUCUUUACUGACUAUUCGUGUUAACAACACAAUUCGGCAUAUGGGUAUUCUGCCAAGAAAAUUUCGUGCACACAUGACGAAUGCGGUUCUUACCAUGUUAUAGAUUUCUUUUCAUCAUACGAUAUUUCAACAUUAUUACUGUUGUUUGUUGUGAGUAUUUGUUGUUUAAUAAAAAAAAAUAGCCAGACGUUCAAACAAA